CGCAGGAGAGUGGCAGGAGAACGCAGCCAUCCUGCAUCGGCCAAAGUCCCCGUUCAGAGGCUCCGUAGCCGUUCGGGCUCAAGAGCAAGCAGCGGUGGCCCAGGCAGACGGAGCACCCAGCCCGGGGAGGUGUUGGCGGGGUGCCACCCGAAGCUCGAACACAGACAUCCGGCUGCUCCAAUUUUUGUCGAUGCGUGGGCCCCAGAGGUUUGGACCACUUCCCCGGGACCAGGUUGUCGCCCCGAGUCGUUGUUUGACGCUCCAGAGGCCCGGCGAGGGCCCCCAGAGGCCGAAAACUGCCAAAAUCCCGCCGCUCUGAUUCUUGUUGGAGCGUCGGAUUUCUGGGAAGCGAUGUUGCUGAUGCAGCUCCCGAUCCAGAUCUCCGGCGUCCCCGUCGCCCCGGCGCCGCAGCAGGGCGCCGCCCCCGCGGACCCGCGGAGCCUCGGCGAGGGCCCUGCCCUUGGCGUCGCGCCGCCGCCGCCGCCGCUGGCCGUCGCGGGCACGGCAUCGAGGGGCUCGAAGAACCACUUCAGGGGCCAGUGCCGCCCUUGCCGCUUCCACGAGGCCCCCGAGAAGUGCCCCCGCGGCGAGAGCUGCAACUUCUGCCACUUCCCUCACGGCCCGGAGAAGUUCGCCGAGCUGGAAGCCCACAGUGCCAGGGCCAGGGGGCGCAGGCCGCGCACGAGGACGGGAUCCAGUGAGAGCCAGUCUGGUCAACGGCUUUCCCUGUGCGACCACCUGGAUUUGCCGGGCUCCAGCAGCGGCCGCCUGCAGCCCGUCGGUAGCAGCAGCAUCUGCUUCUGGAGCGUGGGCAAGCUCGCUGAGGCGCCCUUUCGCGGAGCUGCUUGGCGUGACCUCGGCGCCGACGGCGGAGAGCUGCUCAAGGCGAUCCUCCUGAGCGCGCAGCCCGAAUGCUACGACGACUGAGCGGGGCUCUCGGCCGGGGCCGCUGGCCCACGGGCUGGCCCCAUCGACAGGUCCACACGCGACUUGUUGUUUCUUCUAAUAUUUGUAGCUUCUUCCUCCUCCUCCUCCCUCCUCCUCCUCCUUCUCCAUCCUCCUCCUCCUCCUCCUCUCGCCCUCCGCGGCAGCCGCGCCCCGCAGCCGCUCUGGCCGAGGCCGCUGGCCGCCCAGAAGUGUGGCCGACCGUUCCCGUAUCUGGAGAGCGUGCACGACUUCUAGAUGAAGUUUCAUUCACUCGAUCGAUUUCAAGAGGUAAUCGUCGCAAUGCUGGUGCAGAGUCUAGAGCCCUUCACCCAGCCUAAGGUGAGGCUUGGUCGGUGGUUAUUGCUGUUCACCACAUUGGCAGCCUCGUCUCGCGAUAGAUGCGCGAGUCCGAGCAAAGAGCUCGCCUGCACUGUACCCGCUGCACUCACCAAUGAUUCACACAGAGGGCCUCGCGGGCUCGAGGCAGGGCGGCCAAACUCGGGGCCUUCGUUCUCAUGAUGUUUCACGGCUCCCACGGUUCUCGACUUUUCCGCCUCGUCUUCCUCCUAUGUGGCGUUGGGUGCGGCGGCCGUGUUUCGUCUGAUCGCAGCACACCCGCGGCCGUUCCCAGUCAGAGCUCACGCGGAAUGGAUUUGUGCGCAGAAUUGCGGAUUCUGUGAUGAAGAUUCCCCCAGGAAGGGGUCCCGCAGGGGCUGCGUUCUAUGGAGGACGGGAUGC